UGAAAUAUCUGCUCGCAUCUCCAGAGCGACACACUGGCCGAGUAAAACUGCAUGCUGGGCUGCAUGUCCCGGGGAAAUGGGGAACAAGCAGACUAUUUUCACUCAACAGCAGCUGGACGCGUAUCAGGACUGUACAUUCUUCACCAGAAAAGAAAUUUUAAGACUCUUUCAUAGGUAUCGCGAUUUGGCCCCGCAGCUCGUCCCACUGGACUACACCACCCAGCCAGAUGUGCGCCUACCCUAUGAGCUGAUCGGCAGCAUGCCAGAGCUGAAGGAUAACCCGUUCAGGCAGAGAAUCGCAGAAGUGUUUUCCGAGGACGGAGAAGGAAACAUGACCUUAGACGAUUUCUUGGAUAUGUUCUCAGUGCUGAGCGAAAUGGCACCAAGGGAUCUAAAGGCCUACUACGCAUUCAAAAUCUAUGACUUUAACAACGAUGACUUCAUUUGUAAAUCGGACCUGGAGAAGACCUUGAACAAGCUUACUCGGAACGAGCUGACCGAAGACGAAGUGAGCAUGGUGUGCGAAAAAGUCCUCGACGAGGCCGACAUGGACAACGACGGCCGCCUGUCUCUGGAGGAUUUCCAGCACAUGAUCGUGAGAGCGCCGGAUUUCCUCAGCACAUUCCAUAUCAGAAUAUAAAACAAGUCUGGAUUGAAAAGACGAAGCAGUUUGACCGAACGUAGACGCCACAGUGAAGACGAGAUGGAGGGAAUGUCACCUGGCCUCGGAAAAUUUUUUUUUUUUUACAGCACUUUUCUUCUGAGAACAAUGAAUCAACAGUGAAAUGCAUCAAACCGAGAUGUUGCACUUCC